UCUCCUCUGCGCUGGUUGGGGUCGUUUUCCUGCCGUUUAUUCAUUUGAGAUUCAAGAUAACAAAGGCCAUGCGGUAUUGUUUGGAAGAGGCCCAUUCAAUAGCUUACAUAUUCGGAGACUCCAUGAACCCUAAGGAGACGCUAUUUAAAAGAGGUGACAUGAAGCUCGACAGGGAAGACUUCAACUGCCUGCUGCCGGGCCAAGAACUAUCAGCAUACAUUAUGCAACUCAUGGCGUUGAAGACAGCUUGGACACAGUCACAAUUGCAGCAACACACAGAGUUCGUAUUGAAUCCCAACAUAACUGAUGGGGACAUCGACGCAUUCUUCAGCAGAGACUAUCUUCCAACACCUAACGCGCUAAAAUAUGUAUAUGUUCAAAUGAAAGACAGGCUGAAGGUGGAUCAGGAAAAUCACUUUUAUUUGAUGGUUGUGGAUAUACAAGGCUGGAAGAUCUGGCUCCUAGAUAGCUACCCCACCGAUGAUACAAUUAUUGGUCGGAAAUGUGUUGCCAAAGCUGUGGCCAGAACUUUGGACAACCUUAUGAAGGUCAAGUUCAUUGAGGUUAAUCUCUUGGGACGUAGACCUCCCCUUGCGGAGUGGAAUCCUGAAUUUGUUCUUGGAGUUCUUAAUAUGGGCAACUGAUACAAGGAUAAGUUAUGGAUCUUGCUAUGGCUACAGAUGGAGCAAGCCUUCACACUAAACCCUCCUGGACAGAAGAAGGUUUGUGUCAUCUCUUGAUCUAAACAUUGUUACCUCUUAUGGCAUCUCGUACUUCAGUAGCUCUAAUACGAGUUGUUUCCUCACUUGAUGCUUUGUCAAAACAAUAAUAUAGACCUUCUUGGGGACAAAAUACACAUUGAUACUGCUUUAGGCUUAGCCACAGAGCACUUCAACCAGAUGAAGGAUGAAUUUCUGUAGAGAGCUAUGGUGGACUGGAACAGCAAGCGCACCAUGGCUAAAAUUCUGCUUUGGAGAAAUGUUGAUUUUGUUAUCUGCAAUAUUAUUAGUAGCCGGCUGUGUAGUAGCACCAUAUUUUUUAUGUGACUAGUGUUGAACUAAAUAGUUGUAUGAGUGGAAGCUGAUGGUAGUACAUAAGUAUCCUUGUUUAGUUAUUGUGUGUCUGAUAUUUUGGCAGGAUUAGAAGGAAACCCAUAUCCUUGAAGUGGUGGGUUCUAUUUUAUUAGUUUCCCACCCCUUUUAGCUCAUGGGAUUCCUCCAGACAUUCUACGUUGGGUCAUUUUCAGGAUGAUGAAUUUUGAAAAUGUGCAUGCGUGCAUUUUUUGGUCGGAUCAUGAAAUCAGAACGAUCUGAAACGAGGCAUGCACAUCACAAAAUUGUGAAUUCAGGGCUACUCUUGAUAGUUUGUAUUUUGUAGUUGUUAUACAUUAUCACUAUUUACUAAUGUUUAGGUAAACUCUCUUUGCGUAAUCCCACAUUUAUUUAUGUGAUGUUUAUUAAUCGAAA